AUGUUACAUGAAGGAGCAAACUCCAUGGUUGGUAAUGGAAUACUGCAUAGGCUCAGUUGCGGAUGUUUUAGAAGGAUCCAUCGAGAUAUCAAGGCGGCUAACAUACUCCUUACCGACUCUGGUGGAGUAAAAAUUGGCGAUUUUGGGUCAGCUAGCUUCAUAAGUCCAGCCAACAGCUUCGUUGGGACACCAUUUUGGAUUGCUCCAGAAGUUAUUCUUGCUAUGGAACAAGGCAUAUACGAUGUACGAGUGGAUGUUUGGUCACUAGGAAUUACUUGCAUUGAAAUGGCGGAGUUGGAGCCUCCAUACUUCAGUGCUACUAAUCCUAUGGCUGCUCUUUAUCAGAUCGCUUCAAAUGAUGCCCCUAGACUAGUCGGAGGUAACUGGUCUGAUGAAUUUCGAAAUUUCGUGCAGUUUGUUCUCCAGAAAGAUAUGAAUGAAAGACCAUUCUGUUCUCAAGCUAUGGCGCAUCCUUUUUUAGCUAAUGUAUUUCGUUUCACUCACAUUCUUCCUGAGUUAAUUCAACGCACCAAAGCUGCCGUAACUGCUCAAGAAAAUCAGAUUAGUCAAAAGUGGAAAAAGAUUCUUUAUGAAAGUGAAUUAAAUCAUUCUUCCUCUUCAGUUGUAGCCAGUGAGGAAAGUCCAACUUGCAGACAAGCUGCUUUUGUGUACGACGAUUCUAGUACUGAAGUAGAGGUUUCCGUACGAAAUUCUUACAGGCCACGCCUUAUUUCUGGCCUACUUAGACAAUCUCAUGAUGGAUCAAACGUGGCUGAACCAGAGCGAAGUUUACGACGACAUGAUUUAAGGAAAGGAUCUAACCAAACCAGAAGGCGUGAUUCUAGCAGAUGUAUUGACGAGGAUAUCAGUCAUGAUAGUAGUUCUAUCAACGAUGAUGUCGAAUAUCUGGCUGGUGAUAGUUGUUCCAAUAGCGUGGAAAGCGCAAGCAGUGAUUUGUCCGAUAGUGGCAAUAGUCCUGGUCAACGACAUGUGUACAUACCUCCUAAACAUUCUGUAUCUGGAAUUUCAACUGAUAACUCACCCUCGCGUACAUUUGACCCGGAUAGUGGACAUGGUGGUUCAUUUGAUUUUAAUGGCGCGCAUCCAUCACCAGUGUCUAAUCGACCGACUGCACACAGAUUGAGUGCAGGUGACUCAAUUGUAACGCAACACCCUCAGACUUCCCGUCCAGUUCAAAUCAAUAGUCAUUUGUAUGCUAAUAUGGACUCCAACAGUGACAAUCAUGUGUAUCAUUCGAUAGUAGUGGAAUCUAAUAAUAAUGACUCAGGAGGAGGAGGACAUCAUGGUUCUGUUCCUGAAGCUGUAGGAUGUUCUGCUACACCGACGAAGACUCAGAUUAUUAAAACAGGAAGUGAGAAUUUCAAUCGACUCUCAAUUACCUCUCCCCGUAAUGAUUCAGGUAUUGUUGCUGAAACAUCUCGUUUAGCUGCUAUAGGGAUAAGUUCUCCACAGGAGACUUCAUCUUCUGUUGGUCAUUUUGCAACACUGAAAACUAGCCAAAUGAUGAGAGGUCAGUCGUCAGAACUGGAUGCAUCAAAUUCAGCUGCUGCUGUUGCCCUUGGUUUUACACAACAAGGUUAUGGCAGAGGUAUGGCCAACUGUCGUGAUCAAAUGAAUGAGCUCAAACGAUUACGAAAUCAACAUAAUAAACAUCUGAAACAGGUGGAAGACAAAAAUAAGGCUGAAGAAGAAUCACUCAAAUCACGCUUGAAUCGUGACUAUGAAGCAACAAAGUUGGUGAUGAGAAAAGAAUUCAUGAGGUUGGAAGAAAUCCAUGCUGCUGAAAUAGAAAAAGAGCGUAAACGUGCAAUGUCUGUUGAAUCAAAGUUGGCGCGUCAAUUGGAGACGGAAACAAAGAGUGAAUUGAAAUCGGCCAAAAAAUCAGCUCUUGGUUCGAUUAUUUCACAUGAUUCAGACUCUAGUGGACAUUCUAAUCCACUAGAAGCUAUUCGUAAAAGACGUCAGGAUGUCUCUGCACUUGAAACUCGUAAAACUAAACGUCUUCUUUUGACCCAGUUGCAGGAUAUUGAAAUGGAACAGUUACGCCAGUAUAUACGUUUACAACAGAAAGCAGCUGAAGAGAUUACUUCACUUUUACUCAGGCAACACACAGAACUUGAGAAUUUAGAAAUCAAUCAAUUGAAAAGAAUUCAAGACUUACGCAUCAGUCAGUUACAAAAUCAACAUGAAGCUGAAAUGGAAAAUCUACAUCAGUAUUUUAAACGUAUUGAAGCUGGUAUACAAAAAAGACACUGUGAAGAAACAAAAAAUCUACCCAAAUAUCUUAAGCAAAAAGAGUUGCAGAUUCGUAAACAAUUUCGUGAUGCUGCUAGAAUUCAGAAGAAACAAUUCAAACUGCUACGUGAAGAACGUUUAAAAGCAGCCCGUCGAUCUUCAGAGUUAGGCACAUCAUCAUUUUCAGGAGCAUCAGAGUCCUCUGGUUUGAAUUCAUCAAAUUCUAAUAAUCGUCCAGAGUCGGUUGAUCUACAGGGUCAACUAGUUAUGCAUCUGCAAGAUGAACGUCAAAUUUUAGAGAAUCUUAAACUGGAAGAAAAGCGUAAACAAGCCGACUUAGAAGCACAAUAUAAUAAAAGUAUUAGUGAAUUACAUGAACGUCAAAAUGGUAAAGUUGAAUCCUCACAUGCUCGUGAAAAUAAAGAGUUUAAAGAGAACCGUUCAGAAGGAGUGAAAAUCUUGUCCAGUUUCCAGGAAAAACAACGACGUGAUAUGCUGAAACAACACCAGCGGCAAAGGGAAGAUUUAGAGAAUAGAAUUCGUGCCCGCAAAGAAUCUCUAGAAGCUGCAAUGAAAAAGAAUGCUGAGUCAACGAAGGAAGAAUCUCGUAAAAAAACGAGACGACUAAUGGAACGUCAUGCGGAUGCUUUACGUGCUUUCGACAUUGAAACCGCUAAUCUUGGUAUUGACAAUGCUGCUGUAGUUGGCUCGUCUAGCCGGAUUUCCGCAACAUCAGGGAUAGCAAGCGGAUCGUCAGGCAGCACUGCCUCAUUCUCUAGCUCAAGUGGACAACGUCCAUCAGAUUGGCGACACAGUCGCGCAGAGUUUCUACCAUCCUAAUGUAAAGCUACCGUGAUCCCUGGCACAAUUGUGUGUACAUUAAUUUUACAAAGAAUGGUUGUUCAAUUGUUCAAAUUCACAUGAAGCUGCAAUUUAAAUACGCAUUUGACAGUUUCAUUAUUCAUACCAUUCAUCUCAGGCGCUUGUUAUGCAAAAAUCAGAAAUUCAUUUUAUGUAUUUUUAUAUAUACGUACAUAUAUAUAUAGGUGUAUUAAAAAGGAAAUAAAACAAGAAAAAACAAACAAUUCAUUGAUUGAUGAACAAAGUUUCGAAAAUUAUUGCCCACCUUGUACUUGUACAUGUGUUAACACAACCGGUUAACUUCCCUAAUUUCUUUUUUGACAACUUUAUUCAAUCACAAUGCGUCUUUCUGAGUAGUGUGAAAACUCACUUUGUUUUUUUUGUUCAAUUGCCCCUCCCCCCGCAUAUAAAGUGUACAGCCCAGAUGUAUCUGAGGAAUUAAUGUGUUUUUCUUUUUGAGAACAAAGAGUGAAACAGUAGUACUUAAAUGCUUUUUUUUAAAAAUCUUGGCUUCUAACUCUGUUUCAUGCGAUACAAGCAUAGUUCUAGUGUUGUUUUUUUUCUGAGGUUAUACACUACGCCUAGUAUAGAUUACGAACAAAUCAUUCUUAUUUGUUACCCCCUACUUUCUCCUUCAAGAAAAGUUACUCAUGUUCUCUGUUACUCGCAACCACAAAAAACUAUACUCAUAUUGUUAAAAAAAACACAUGUGAUUUGUUUUUCUAUCUUUCACCUCAAACAGCCAGCCAAGCCAAAUCAACCCUAUAAAAAAUAACUAACCCCAUCCUCCACCACUAAAAACAAGCUUAAUGUUGAUUCCUUUUUAUUCUUGUAAAAUGUUUCAUUGGCUUCAGUAUACAUAUACAUAUAGAAUUUUCAAAACACAAUGAUAAUGAUGAUAUUAAUUAUAAUAUACUUAUAUAUUAAUAUAAUACAUGGCAGUAAUUUUUUUUCUUUCCAUGAGAUGAACAAAAAUAAUGCUACAUAGAGAGGUUAUUGUUUUCUAAUUAAUCAGGCAGUAAACUCAGGUAGGAGGUGUGUAUACUGGAACUGUACAAAAUGGAUAGGAUAGGAUAGAGCUGGUAAAGCGUUCUAAGUUAUAUAAACAUUGACUUG